AUGGCAUUACAGCAAGAAGAACUAGAGCUUCAAAAGGGUCAAGCAAAUGACAGCUUGGAAAAGCUUUGUCAAGCUCUUGGUGACAGAUCUGUGAUAUUUCAGGAGAAAUUGCACUCCAACAAAUUGGUCCAUUGUCAGGCAAUUAGGGCUGAUUCUGAUACAUUAGCAUCAUAUCAAGCCCUAAAGGCUGAGGACCUUACAGUGAGCAAAGAAGUCACUGAGGAAAAUAGGCAUGGUCAGGGUUCUGAUAGGCUGGCUUGGUUUUGGAGAAUCAACAGUGCAGAGGACAGCCAGAAGAGCAAGUGGAUAAAUGAAUGUGAGUUUUAA